AUGGGGCUGCCCACUCUGGAGUUCAGCGAUUCCUACUUGGACAGCCCGGAUUUCAGAGAGCGGCUGCAGUGUCACGAGAUUGAGCUGGAGAGGACCAACAAGUUCAUCAAGGAGCUGAUCAAGGACGGCAGUCUGCUCAUCGGGGCCCUCAGGAAUCUAUCCAUGGCAGUGCAAAAAUUUUCCCAGUCGCUACAGGAUUUUCAGUUUGAGUGUAUUGGAGAUGCUGAAACAGAUGAUGAAAUUAACAUUGCCCAGUCACUGAAAGAGUUUGCCCGGCUACUGAUUGCUGUAGAAGAGGAGAGAAGACGACUUAUCCAGAAUGCCAAUGAUGUGUUAAUAGCACCACUGGAAAAGUUUCGUAAGGAACAAAUAGGUGCAGCAAAAGAAGGGAAGAAGAAGUUUGACAAGGAAAGUGAGAAAUAUUAUUCCAUUCUAGAGAAGCACUUAAAUUUAUCAGCAAAGAAAAAAGAAUCUCAUUUGCAAGAUGCAGAUAUGCAAAUUGACAGAGAACAUCAAAACUUUUAUGAAGCGUCAUUAGAAUAUGUGUUUAAAAUUCAAGAAGUACAGGAGAAAAAGAAAUUUGAAUUUGUUGAACCUCUUUUGGCAUUUCUUCAGGGAUUAUUUACUUUUUACCAUGAGGGAUAUGAGCUGGCCCAGGAGUUCACCCCAUACAAGCAACAGUUGCAAUUCAACUUGCAGAAUACACGAAAUAAUUUUGAAAGUACCAGGCAGGAAGUAGAGAGACUGAUGCAGAGAAUGAAAUCUGCCAACCAGGAUUACCAACCACCCAGUCAGUGGACAAUGGAAGGCUAUCUCUAUGUGCAGGAGAAACGACCCCUUGGAUUUACCUGGGUAAAACAUUACUGUACUUACGAUAAAGGGACAAAAACAUUUACAAUGAGUGCAGCUGAAACAAAGUCUGGUGGGAAAGUGAAUGGCCUUGUCACAAGCUCACCAGAAAUAUUCAAGCUAAAAUCCUGCAUCCGGAGAAAGACUGAUUCAAUUGACAAACGUUUCUGUUUUGAUAUUGAAGUAUCUGAAAGACAUGGGAUCAUAACACUUCAGGCUUUUUCAGAGUCCAACAGGAAACUUUGGCUGGAAGCUAUGGAUGGAAAGGAACCAAUUUACACUUUACCAGCCAUUAUUAGCAAGAAGGAAGAAAUGUUCUUAAAUGAAGCAGGUUUUAACUUUGUGAGGAAAUGUAUUGUUGCUGUGGAGACAAGAGGUAUCACAAUCUUGGGGCUGUACAGAAUAGGAGGUGUAAACUCCAAAGUGCAAAAGCUGAUGAAUACCAUAUUUUCCCCUAAAUCUCCUCCUGAUAUGGAUAUUGAUAUGGACGUUUGGGACAAUAAAACAAUAACAAGCGGACUAAAAAACUACCUCAGGUGUCUUACAGAACCACUGAUGACCUUCAAGUUGCACAAGGAUUUCAUUAUUGCCGUUAAAUCCGAUGACCAAAACUACAGGGUUGAGGCAGUACAUGCACUUGUUCAUAAAUUACCAGAGAAAAACAGAGAGAUGCUGGACAUCCUAAUCAAGCAUUUGGUCAAGGUUUCAUUACACAGUCAACAAAAUCUCAUGACCGUCUCCAACCUUGGUGUUAUCUUUGGGCCGACUCUGAUGAGAGCCCAGGAGGAAACCGUGGCUGCUAUGAUGAACAUUAAGUUUCAGAAUAUUGUAGUGGAAAUUCUGAUAGAGCAUUAUGAAAAGAUAUUUCACACUGCACCAGACCCCAACAUUCCUCUUCCCCAGCCUCAGUCCCGUUCAGCUUCCAGAAGAUCAAGAGCAAUAUGCCUCUCAACAGGCUCACGCAAACCCAAAGGAAGAUAUACCCCAUGUCUGGCAGACCAUGAUAGUGAUUCAUACAGUAGUAGCCCAGACAGCACCCCCAUGGGCAGCAUAGAAUCACUCUCUUCUCAUUCAUCAGAACAAAACAGCACCACAAAAUCCGCCUCAUCCCAACCCAGGGAGAAAUCGGGAGGAAUUCCAUGGAUUGCAUCUCCACCUUCUUCCAAUGGACAGAAGAGCUCAGGCCUCUGGACCACAAGUCCAGAAUCCUCUUCUAAGGAGGAUGCAACAAAAACAGAUGUGGAGUCAGACUGUCAAAGUGUAUCUUCUGUCACUAAUCCAGAGAAUACAUCUCCACCGAUAGAUCUGACCAAAAAAGGGCUUUAUGGUCUGUCUGGGCUGAAAAGGUCUGCAGCUUCCUCCCUCAGAUCAAUCCCUUCAGCAGACGGUAACAAAAGUUGCAGUGGAUCUGUACAGAGCUUAGCCUCAAUUGAUGCCAAAGAUACACCAAAGGCUGCACUGAAUCCUGAGUUGCCACCCAAAAUGCGCAGGAGAUUGAGAUUGGAUACUGCAUCAAGUAAUGGCUAUCAGAGACCAGGAUCCGUAGUGGCCGCAAGAGCCCAGUUGUUCGAAAGUGCUGGUUCACUUAAACAAACUUCUUCAGGACGACAAGCCAAAGCCAUGUAUUCCUGUAAAGCUGAGCACAGUCAUGAGCUCUCCUUCCCACAGGGGGCGAUAUUUUCAAAUGUGUACCCAUCAGUGGAACCAGGCUGGUUAAAAGCAACGUAUGAAGGCAAAACAGGACUAGUUCCAGAGAAUUAUGUUGUCUUCCUCUAG